UUAAAAUAUCUCUUCCCCUCCCCCAUGGUUUUCUUUAGGACUGCCACUGUUGAGUCUGUGGGAUUAUGAAUCAGCAGCAGCAGAGAAUGGCUGCAGUUGGGACAGACAAAGAACUCAGUGACCUGCUGGACUUCAGUAUGAUGUUCCCCCUGCCAGUGGCUAAUGGAAAAAACAGACCCACGACGCUAGCGAGCACGCAGUUUGGCGGAUCAGGUUUGGAUGAAAGACCGGGAUCAGGUUCCUGGGGUGCAGGAGAUCAAAACAGCUCCACAUUUGACCAAGGAAGGGGCUAUGGUGAAGGCUCCCAUUAUGGAGAACACAGGGACCUAUCAUCUCACAACAGCAUAUCUUCAUCACCAUUCCUGGGAUCUGGACUUGUAGGGAAGAGCGGUGAAAGACCUCCCUAUUCAACGUUCAGCAGAGACACAGGGAUGCCAGGACUAAAUCAGACUGGUUUCCUGCCCAGUGAAAUGGGAAUUGCAAGUCCAACCACACUUUCCCCCACAGGGGUGAAGGGAGGGUCUCAGUAUUAUUCUUACCCAAACAACCCUCGUAGGAGAGGUGCUGACAGCAACAUAGAUGGACAGCCUAAAAAGGUUCGGAAGGUGCCUCCAGGUCUGCCCUCGUCGGUGUAUCCAUCCAACUCAGGUGAUGACUACAGCAGGGAUCCAGCUGGAUAUGCCCCCUCGAAACCUCCCAGCACUGUGUAUCCUGGAGCCUUCUACAUGCCAGAUGGACUUCAUAACUCGCCAGAUCUGUGGAGCUCGUCCAGCACCAUGAGCCAGUCGAGCUAUGGAGCCAUGCUGGGUGGCUCCUCGGCCCCUCUCCCGCAGUCCGGUGGCUUCAAUAGUUUACAUCAGCACGAACGGAUGAACUACCCGAUGCAUUCAGGAGAAGUUAAUGGCGGACUUUCCUCUGUGUCUGGCUUUCCUUCUGCCUCCACCCCUUAUGGCGUGCCCAGUCAUACGCCACCGAUCAGUGGGACAGACAGCAUGAUGGGCAACAGAGGAACCACAGCUGGGAGCUCAGGGGAUGCGCUCGGGAAAGCAUUAGCUUCAAUUUAUUCCCCAGAUCAUUCUAGCAAUAACUUCUCUUCAAACCCCUCCACCCCCGUGGGCUCCCCUCAGGGGCUUGCAGGCACUUCCCAAUGGCCGCGAGCAGGCGGACAGGGUGCCUUGUCUCCUAGCUAUGAAGGGACUCUCCACACGUUACAAAACAAAAUGGAAGACAGAUUGGAUGAAGCCAUCCAUGUGCUGAGGAACCACGCGGUGGGCCAGACGGCUGCCAUGCCAGCCAACCACGGAGAUAUGCACGGCCUGCUGGGAUCGGCCCCUGGUCACAGCGCCUCAGUGGGCGGGCUCAGCCAGGCCUUCCCCACUUCAGUUAUGCCUCUAGGGAACAGGCAUUCAAGUUUGGUGGGAGGAAGUCACCCCGAAGACGGACUAUCCAGCAACCCCAGCAUGCUUCACAACCAUGUUACACUUCCCUCGCAGCCCAGCUCGCUCCCCGAUCUCAGCAGGCAGCAAGACACAUACAGCGGCUUGACGGGGCUGGGCAGAGCCAGCGUCUCCUCGGGAACCAGUGAAAUAAAGCGGGAAGAGAAGGAGGACGAGGAGAACACGUCAGUGGCCGAUAACUCGGAAGAGGAGAAGAAGGAAAUGAAGCCGUCGCGGAACAGAACAAGGUGCUCUUUGAACAGUCAAGAUGAGGAUGAGGAGGACGAUCUUCUUCCCCCAGAGCAAAAAGCCGAGAGGGAGAAAGAGAGGAGGGUCGCCAAUAAUGCCCGUGAGCGUCUGAGGGUCCGUGACAUCAACGAGGCCUUUAAAGAGCUCGGACGUAUGUGCCAACUCCACCUUAACAGCGAAAAACCGCAGACCAAACUGCUAAUCCUACACCAGGCCGUAUCAGUCAUACUGAACCUGGAGCAACAAGUUAGAGAGCGCAAUCUGAACCCUAAAGCAGCCUGCUUGAAGCGUCGGGAAGAGGAGAAAGUGUCCGGAGUAGUAGGAGAUCCCCAGAUGACACUUUCAGCUUCACACCCUGGUCUAGCAGAUGGUCACAACCCCGUUGGACACAUGUGAAGAUCUUUUUGUUCCCCGGAUACAGAGAUGGGUAGGAAGCAAACCCUCGGUGUGACCUGCAACCUUCUUGAACCAUAAACUUUAGUACUGCUAAUACUGACACACGAGAGAGGAGCCUGGCAUGCGUUAAGGGGCGUUAAAAAGAAACAAACACUUGGUCAAAAACAAAACAAAAAAUUGCCUUAAGUAUAAAGUAUGGACCCGUCAAUACAUAUCACUCAGUUAACAGGGGGAGCGUCAUGUUCUCUUGGCUUGGUCUCAAGCAGCCAGCAGCAAAAUUGUGCCUAAGCUUAAUAUUUCUUUUUUUUUUAAAAAAAAGAACAUUAGUUAUGAGAUUUUUUAGGUAGAACAAAAUAGCAAUGCCUUUUGGUUUUUUUAGCUUCUUUUGCAUAUGUUUUGUAAGCAACAAAAAAUAAUUUUUUUGUAUAAAAAAAAAAAAAAAAGUCUUGUACCCCAUGCUUUUCUGCUGCUGUUUCUAUAGUUGAUGUUGCAUCUUUAGGAUCAACCAGAAUAUUAAAAUUGUAUUAAAAGAGACUGGAUAUAAAAAAAAGAUUCUCAGAUUUGGCUCUGAAAGCCACUAAGUGCGAAUGUAGCCACGGGGGGAUUUGUUCUUUGCCUGGCUUGUACCUUCCAGUGUAAAAACUCACGUGCUGAAUUCAUCAUCUCUGCUUUGGCCACAUCUCAUUUGGGAAAAGGAGGUUAAACGACAAAGCAAGAUACGGCAGCUGACAUCAGUGGUUCUCUGGUUUCUCCCAGCCUCGGUAACAAGGACUCACCUUGGGGGGGACGGGGGAGGGGGGUGCCUGUGCAAUUUGCUUUUCAUUCGCAGGGGUCCCUGGAGACUUGGGCUCCUUCGUGGGAGGCGAGAGUGAGAAGUGAAGAGGCAAAGAGCACAGCUGUCUUCUGGAGCUUCGCUGCUAAAGCAGAACCUGUGGCUGUGAUUGGCAGAAAGAGCUGCCAAUAGAGAGAGAGAAUGGAGCCGGGGGAAAAAGAGAAGCUGGGGUAUUGGUAUGUGAAGAAGCGACAUACCACUUACAGGAGAACCCAGGGCUGAGAGGGGGACACCUCUUUCCCACGCAGCUGAGCAAAUCAUCCACCGUCAGAGCCACUUCCAUGGGAGGAGGGGGGAGAGACAUGCCGAACAAAGAGAGGAGACAGAACAAAAAUGGAGAGUGGGAUGGAGAACAGGCAGAACAAAGACACCAAGGAAACAAGGCAAAGAGAACAAAGAACUGAGUGUGGUGCAAAUGAAAAAGCAGCUGAGCUGGAGGCUGUGGAGCAGCCUGGCGUGGCGUUGGCCGUGGCCAGCCAAGAAACCUCAGCCUAGGUUCUGGGUAGAGAACGGGGAGCUGGAGCAUGGGCAUGAGAGACGCCUUCACAGCAGCACCUGGCGGUAAGAAGCGGGGAUUCUCCAGCCCAUCUGGACAGAGCGUCUCUGCAAGGAGGCAGCUCCUGUCACUUUGUAUUUGGAACUGACCACUUGAAAGAGCCACAGGCAGCUGCAGCAGGGUUAUUUCCCCGCCAUUUCCCCUGUUUAACCUGUGUCAAAACUAGCUGCUGGCUUAUCUCCAAAGCACCCUCAGAAGCGACUUUCUUGGCAGUCAGCUCUUUUAUCCGCAGUUUCCCCGCGGGCACUGGCUGGACAGAACCACUUCCUGUGCGUGUGGAUUUUAGCCUUUGGAGGCAAAGGGAUGCUGCUCCUUUUCCAUACUGCUCCCAGAGAGGAAAGCGCACAGGUUUUCCCUCUCCUAGCAAGAGCUUCGUGGCAUCCUGCGGUGCUGGGCAGCAAAGAAACAGUCCCCCACCCCUUGAAAGGGACCGCAGCAGCUUUACUUUCCCUUCGAGGACAUGCUGGCUUUCUAGGGUCACUUGGCUGUUUGCUUUGCUGUGCCAGGACCCGGACCCCUCGGUGCAUAUGCUAGAGCCCUUGGUGGGCGAGAUGCCCCAUUGCACUCUGGGAGGACGAAUGAAGUGACGUGCUGAGCGUGGGCCGUAUCGGCAGACCCUGGUUCCACGGAGCAGAGCUGACCCAGAGGUGAUGGGGCUGAGCUGGGCUGGAAUGAGAGCGGCUCCAAAUGCUUCAAAUUUGUGACACUCCCCUUCCCACCACCCUCACCCACCCAACACACCCACUCACCUCCAAUAAAAUGUGGGAAAUUGUCACCAUGUCCCCCCCCCACCUUCCCCCAAACAAACACACAAAAAAAGCAGGUCUGAAAUAUUUGAUGACCAACCCUGUCCAGCUCUGCCUACAGCCUGGGCUGGCUCCGCUCCUGUGGGUUCUGCCUGGGCUAAUGCCUGCAGCAGGGGAAGGAGGUGUUAAACCUGCUUAUUAAUGCAAUCUGGCCCCCUGCCCCAAGGCAGCGCCAUAGAGCCACAUGUUGCUGAGUGUGAAUCUCUAUCUCCUUGGCUGGGCGGAUGAGGCAUCUGUCUCCUGAGUUUGAGGUAGCAGGGUGGCUUGGCUUGUUGGAUCACUACAUGGUUUAUCGUUCAGCUUCCUGCGAGGACAGGGGCUAGCAAAGCAGGUGAGGGCUGUUUCAGUGGGUCCUUCCUCUUUCUCCUCCUUCCUCGUUCUUCUCACUUCUUUAAUUCUGUGGACCUGGUGCUUGGGGUAAACCAUUUUUUGCUACCCUAUAGUCGGUCUAGGGUGUCCCCUCUGAAGGAAGGAGGAGGGUUGAUGGGUGGGAUUGGAUAUCUUGGCACAUCCUCCUCACUGUGGGCUUUGGCUUAAGCUUCUGGCUUUCCUCUGCUGUGACGUCUGAAGCACAAGGCCAGGGCAGGUAUCGCUGCCUCACCCCUCUCCCCCAGUGGUCUAGGGAGUGCUUCAGCACCUCUGAAAGUCAGGCGCGUGGUCUCCAGGACGGUCUCAUUCUGUGGUGGUGCCCAGGAUUUAAUUCUGGAGUCAAUCACAAAUUUGGCAACAGGGCAGGAUGAUUUCUUCCUGCCCACCCCCUUGCGCUGGGCAUCCAGAACAUCUGAUUCCCGCAAACACAACGCUCCAGGGACUUUCUGCAGAGGACAGCGCUGCCCGAUGGCAACUCUGGGAUGUGCCCAUAGGGCUGCAGCCCUGUUCUGUGCAGGCUCUAGGCUCCCCUCAGGUUACAGGAACUGUGUUCGUGUGGCCCCUGCAGUGUUGGAAUUCAGCUGCUGCUUGCUUGUGUGGACAGGGUUAAAACUGAGCACGCCUGGUAGAGGAAGCCUGUUUCAGCCUGCGUAACUACCAGAGUUAAAAUACCGCUACUUCCCCUGGGGUCUUCUGCCUGCACCAGCGAGGAGAGAAAAAUUUGAAGGGCAAAUGGGGGUGAAUCUUGGCUAAGCCCCCAUUGUCAGGUGUUUUGGGGGCGGGGGAGACAGUAGGUCAGUCUGCAGUGUUUGACCCUGCUCUUUGUAUCGCUCACCCGAGGCAACGCUGUCCAUAAAGUAUUUCCAUGCUGCCUGUCUCAAAAUCUGCCACUCACUGAAUCCUUCCAGUGUUGCUGAGGGAAUUGGGCCUUGUCCUCAGAUCACAGCCAGCCAGAGUUUUAUAAAGGAUCUUAGUUCAGCUGCACCUUGGCCAUAGCCCCGUCCGCACUGCCAGCCUCCACCCUCCCUCGCUGCAGCCUUAGUCGUCCUCCCCAGAAGGCCGAGGUAGUGCAGGAGCCUUCUCCCAAGCCACAUCUGGAAUGCAGCCGGGUUAAGGCGGCUGCUCUUUAAACCUAGGUUAGAAAACAGACAGGGCUGGCACAGCCCUCUGCUGUCUAAAGCUAACGAGAGUGAAGACCAGAGCUGCCGUGGUCUGCCCCUGUCGAGCUCACCUGCAAAACCGUGAUUUGCCAUGUUACUCUAACUGGAGGACAAUGGCUGCAAUAGGGAACAGAAAUAGCUGGCGCGUCCUUUUGGCCAGACUGGGCUUCCAUUCUUGACAGGGAACUUUCCCUCCUCACUGUAAUUGAGAUUUUUCUUUGGGGAGAAUCUGUGUCUUUUGAGAUGAGAGGGUUGAAAAUGCUUAUUAUUUUUCCA